GCCGACCGAUCCAUGAGAAACAAUUGAAUAAAAGGUCUAUAUGGCUUUGAUAGCCAUGGACCGCAAAUGUGAACUAAAUGGGUCGGUAACUUCAUGUAACAGGCUGGGUAUCUGGAAGGAAGGCGUCAGAAACGAGGAAGCCUGCAGCAGAAAUAACAAAAUGCAAGCACCCGAAGUGCAGUUUUCAAUGGAUGGUCUACCCAGAGCUUUCUUGAUUAGUCUACGGACCCUUUUUGAUAUUUUGGACGAUGGGAAAAAAGGAUACGUGCAUAUUUCGGAGAUUGAGAGCCGAUGGCAGGGCACAGACACUCAGGAUUUGCCGGGCAGUGUACUGGAGUGUCUGCGGCGGGUCGUCCCGCCCCACGGUUGCCUGACUUUUGAACGAUUCGUGGCGGGACUCCGAUACUCAAUGCUAAACCCAGACAACAGCCACGCCAAUCAUCAGCCAGGGUCUCGACGGCAACUGCAUCCAAACUCCCAGUCCUCCAGAAUUAAGCAUGGGCCGCCACAGCACACACCUCCACAAACGCACAUUCUCGACUCCGCCGCUGCUUCCCAUGUUAUUGAGAACAAAGUACGCCCUUUGGGACCGAGCAAUGGGGCAAAUUCGCACCACAACCGGAUCGUGACCACCGGACAUCCCACUUCUAGUAAGCCCAGAGAGUCUUCCUUAUGUAGCACUUCAUCCACAGCUGUUGCAGGCGGACUGUUCCGCUACAAUGGUGGGUGUGAGAGAACAGGCAGGAGUUUGGAGCGGAUUUCCAUUGUACCAAACAGCGGUCUAAACGGAACUGAUUCAACAACAGCUGGAAAACACCGUCAGCAGAGGACGCGGCCAAGAUCCAUUGAGUCGAUUGCACUGGAGUCGUCUAAGCUUAAAAAAACAAGUGGUGAAGAACACACAGGGUUGCCAAGAUCACAAAGUGUAACAACCACUGGAUUGGCUGGGGUGAGGCGCCAUGGGCAGAGUCGGGAUGAGCAAAGGCGUCACACGAUCACAAAUGGAGUGCACUACGAAACGUUGAAACAGAUGAAGGAGCUGGAGCAAGAGAAGGACACGCUGCUGGCAGGACUGGAGGUGGUGGAGCGGGCCCGGGAGUGGUACCAGAACCAGAUCUACAGCGUGACCGAGAGACAGAGGCAAGUGGGCCAAAGCAGCCACUGCACGGAUUUUUUCGCAGUGCCCACCCAGAGUCGCCUGAAUUUGUUGCUGCCAAAAUUACAAGAAGUCAACCAUUGCCUUAGUGACCUCCUGUCCUGUUCUGGUAUGCCCUUCACCUCCCCUGGUGGUCUUUCCCUGUCUGUCUCUACAAACCCACAGCCACCCCCCUCGGCUCCCCCGCAGGCCAUUCUGAGACUGAAAGACCAGAACCGCCUUCUCACCCAGGAAGUGACUGAAAAGAGCCAGCGGAUCACACAGCUCGAACAGGAGAAGUCGGCGCUGAUCAAGCAGCUGUUUGACGCACGUGCUCGAAGCGCCCACGAGGGCAGCGCCCUAGACUCCACCUUCAUCUGACUCCCACAGGGGCAGUGAUCUUAUCGGACCCUCAGGAGCCACAGUGGCGGUGCCCUCAAUGCCAAAACUUAGUGUAAGGAGAGUAACAAUGAGAAAUGUUUCCACGCUCUGAAUUAUUGCUAAAAAAUGAACAUCAACAAUUCUCAAAAAAUGGGGAAAGAAUACUGAAAAAAUGGAUAUUCAUGAAUUUAGAUGAGAUGUGUAAAUGUGAAGUACAGUCACCGGACACCAGCAUUGAAGUGAUGAUGAAUUUGAGCUAAACCAGAAUGUAACUGGUUAAAGGAGAUUCAGUGGGUAAUAGGUUGAAGAGCUGUAUGGUGGCCCCCAUUGGAUAUCUUGGAUUGGUUUAUAUGCAUACCAUUUUUCUUCUGUCACCAAUUUGUCUCUAAAACACAAAGAUAUACCCACAAUGACAACUCUCAUGACCUCAUACCCAGAAUGCACUGGGUGUGGGCAUUGUCUUCUAUUUAGGCUAUGCCACUAAUAACCUCUAACACACUCCCCUUUCACCCUUUUCCUUUCUCCUCUUAUGUGAAACAGGGUAGCC